UGUCAUGCUCAUCUGGUUAUUGCUGUUGUAGUCGAACGUUGGGAAUAUUUUUUUAUUAUUUUGCCUUUAUUCUUUACUCAGGCAAAUUGUAAUACGUGUUUAUCGUCAGAUAAUAUCAUUAAAUCUGGUAAUCAAAAUGUCGGUGAUGGACUUCUUGAAAGAUCUGCCGUCGUAUGACGAACAUAACUUUACGUUAUUUAACACUGAUCACGGCAUUAGAAACUGUUCGAAAAGGCCGUCAAUAUACCUGCAAACUAAGGACAUACCUUCUGAACAAAUUAUUGUGACUGAAAAGACGAACAUUCUUCUAAGAUAUUUACAUCAGCAAUGGGAGAAAAAGAAUAACAAUUCUCCAAAGAAGCGUGACCAGACCCACAUUGAACAAAACGGAGAAGAGACUCGACCACGCAAGAGGCCCUGUCUCAACUCUCCGCUCAACUGAACCAUCCUCGUGCAACGCAGCAUACAUUGUGCUUCAGUUAUAGACUCUACAGUGUACAUUUUAUAUCAACUAUAGAUCAAUCUGUACAUUGAUUUUAUAACCAUGGUAUCAGAGUUAAUGAAAUUUAUAGUGCCAUUUUUGAGUGUCUCGCCAUUCGGUUGAAUUGGUAUCGUAACAGCUAAACUUAAGACAUUCUAAAUGUAAAUUGGCAAUGUUUUAAGCUCUCGUUCUCAUUCCAUAGCAGCAAGCUUUGUAUUGCUUUCUAAUGGCUUAUUUUUACACUAUGUUGUUACUGUUUUACUUACUGCCCACACAAGCCAGAAAGUGGUAUCUCAUUUAUAAAAUCACUCCUUGGCUUAUUAAGGCAGUUUAAGCACCUGACGGUAUAAAGUUUUUGAUUAUAGUGAAGCUCUAUUUUCAAAUCUUUAAGAUGUGUUCAAUAAUUUAAGCGUUUAUCACAUAUUUCUGCUCUAAAAUUUCUUUUCCAUUAACUUGAUGAAUACUGAUUUCUUCGUUUUAAGUUCGUCCAAUAAAUUAUUCAAUUUGAAAUUUUUGAGAUGGAUUUAUGUUAUAACCUGAAGUUGGCUUUUUUGAAUUAGUAACUUCAAAUUAAUGUUAAACUUAAUACAAUAGUUUAUUAAAGUAAAUGUGUUACUUACAUAACCUUUUCUUUGAUGUAUUAUUUUAAAAUAGUAUUUAAUACUUUUUUUAAUACAUAAUGGCAAUAUGAAUUACUCAAGAAUAAAUCAAGUCAGUUGUGAGUAAUUAUACUGUAGUUUCAUUUUUAUAAGGUUGAAAUGCAUAUUUAAUUAGCUAAAAUUAGUGAUCGUGUUAAUAAUAUAAGUGCAUCUGUUGCAGAAAUGCAUUUUUGUUUGGCACAUAUUUUGCAGUUUGAGAUGAAUUUUGUUGUUAUUGGGAACUGAAAAACAAUGUUUUUAGUUGUUAACCCCUGACCUCAUAUGCUUGUUUUUUUGUUUCUUACUGAACACUAUGAAUAUUAUUAGUUUCUACUAAUCUCAUCAACUGAUUAAUGAAAAUUGAUUGAACAGAAGUGAUGUAUGUAAUAAAUAAAUAGAAAGAAAUAAUUCAUAUCAGUAACUUUACAUAAACCUAUAGACAGCAUUAUUAAUAAUGAACUGGAGAAGUUAAUGAUUGUCUGAAAGGGAUUGUUGAUUUUAGUGAAAAAAUAAAACACCACAUUGACUGAAAAAUAACUUUAUUCUAGUUAUACUUAUCUCACAAUUUGCAGUAACUGUUCAUAAGCUGCAAACAAAUGUUAGGUUUUGAUGUACCUAAUGGAAUUAUUCUUAUUUUUUUUAGUGAUAUCUUACCUAACUAUCACCGAAUAGUCACUAGACCAAGUUCUCUAAAAAGCUUCUGACAUCAUUUUCUCAAACUAUUUAACUGUCUGUUAAUACAAAUCAAUAGUUAUAAGUCUAAAAACUAUGAGAAAUGUAGAGAACUGUCCAAGUUAUACAACAAUGUAUUCUUUAAAAUAAAAAUUAAGAUUUAUCCAGCUC